CUUUACUCAUGUAUGCAGUCUGGUCCCCCGACAUUGGCCUCAUGUUAUGAAACCACAAAUAGUUUUGUCCAGUUUGCUUUUGUCUCGACUUGAUGUGCUGGUAGUUCAGUAUACGGUAUGCAAGUCAUGUAAGCCUGGAGAUAAGUUGUUUAGAUUGUAGACAGGCACUACAAGCUUAGCAACCAGGCUACAUGGUCUGUACUCAGAGCUAGUCAUAAGAGCAUUCUAGCAACACACAGGGCUGGGCUUAGUGACGCUUUGAGGCAAAGUCUAGCAACAAUUAAGAAAGAAGUGACAAUUUCAAGCUGAGCAACAUUGCAUUGACCGUGACCUAUCCCCAGCACAAGGGAUUGCAAUAAGAAAUAGCAAAGGAAGCUGUGCUUGGAAUAUCUGUGUUGCCCUUAGUCAUUCAUUUGAGCCUGGGAAUUUUUUUUUUUAAUAUGUAUAUUGUCUUCUAUUGUCACCCACUUAUACCGAGGAGACUUUUUAAUGGAAUGCUUCUUUGAAGAUCCUUAAGGACAAAAAUAACUGAAAAUAAAAGCUGUCUCCCUAGUUUAGCUGUGUAAUCCACAUCUACCUACCUAUUACUUUGAAAAUUUGCCACAAUGACAGACUCUUCCAUGGUAGAUCACAUGGCCCGACUGAAACUCAAGCUCCUGGAGAAGGGCACUUACCCACAGAGAGGAACAUGGAAGGGAUCUACACAAGGCUGAAACUAGAAAACGAACGUGAGACCCUGGAGAAUGUUGAGUCACCCCUCUCCACAGCAAGGAGUAACGAUGGACACGAGGACGCACUGCAGAAUGCGCUGAAACGAAGGAAAGACCUCCUGCAGAAGCUUAGGGAGCAGCACCUUUUGGAAGAAUUUUCACAGCCCUAUAUGUUGGCAGGAGGCCACAGAAAGAAGUACAGACCUGAGCCAGUACCUGUUUACCUGCCUUCCCCUCUGGCGCCUGCACCAGAACCACCAAGGAUCAUCCAGCAGACGAUUCCUCAGCAACCUGCAACCAUCAUCCAACAGUUACCUCAGCAGCCACCUCUCAUCACACAGAUCCCACCUCCACAGCCCCUUCCCGUCCCCCGUUCUGGAAGCAUUAAGGAAGACAUGGUAGAGAUGAUGUUGAUGCAGAACGCUCAGAUGCACCAGAUCAUUAUGCAGAACAUGAUGCUGAAAGCUCUGCCACCGAUGGCGUUCUCACAGCCCAGUGGGACCGGGUCACCCUUGCUGCAGCACACACAGCAGGAUCCCCAGUUUGCUGCUCCGGUUGUUGUGAAAGCAGAAAAACCAAGGCCAUCCACGGUGCAUCAUCACCACCAUUACCCUUCCCCAGGAGUGCAGGCCAUUCUUUCUCAGCUGCCCCCAGCUGGCUACUCCAUGUGGCCCCCUGUGAUGCCAUCCAGCCUCAUGGGACAGACUGGAGGAUUCCCAGCCACUGUGCAUCACAUGACUGGCCCAGCUAGCACCUUCCCUGCAAUGCACACUAACCGAUGGACUCCUCCGCAGCCUGCCCCCGGGUUUGUAGACUCCUCAAGCCUGUAGCAAAGGUGGCUAGUGAGUGGACACGGUCUGUAUGCGUCACCCAUGCACGUGGCGUAUAGCAUCACUGGAGACGACUUUCUCUAGAGAGUUCCUGAAAGAUUCUGGCUGACAGGAAUCUGCUGUAUAAAUAGUCACAUGCCAUUAGUGGAGCUGACAACUAAUAGAGGGGUGGCAGAACUGUGUAAUAAACUGGAAAUGCAAAAAACCAUAUUGUUACCUCUUCUGGAUCAGGCAAUUAGCCAAAACUUUGGGGCCCUAAGGCUGUUUCCACUAGAAGGAGAAAUUGAUGAUAGUCAGCUAUUUCUUUGAUGCAACCCUGGUUAUUUAGGAAGAAUGUAAACAAAGUCCUAUUUCCUUGAACACAAGAGGAAGCAAACAACAGGAGACAGUUUCUUUGCUCACAAUUCCAAGCUUCUGUGAGCUAGCACUUGACCCCAAAGUUCUUAGGGCUUGUCUACACGGCAGUCAGGAGCUGUGAUUGCAGCAGGUGUAGACAACCAAACUUGUUUUGAUGUUGCUGGCACGAAUAACAAUAGCAAUGAAGCUGCAGCAGAGAGGAGAUGGCAGCCACUCAGGUGUGCACCCAGGGUCCUGGAUGGGCUGGCCAGUUGCCAUGGCUUCACUGCUAUUGUUACUCAAGCCCUGGCUUUGUGUGCUGCAAUCACACUCCCAAUUGCAACGUAGACACGCCCUUAGCUUUUCCUCAGGGUGUCGUUACCAGUGCCUUGGUGGCUGUGUCUGGUGCUUCCUUGCUGCCUUCUCUGUCUCUCUCUGUGUCUGCUGCCCCUCCCUCAGAUCUACCGGCACAGUACCCAGGGAAAGCACUUCUGCCCACUUAUUUCAAAUUGCUGAGUGGCCUCAUAUGUGCCUCUGUUCUGACUGCAGACCCCUAUUGUUCCAGCUCCCUGGUUCCAUGAGUUGCUCAGUGGCUUCUUACCAGGGCGGCUCCAGGCACCAGCAUUCCAAGCAAGUGCUUGGGGUGGCAAUCUG